AUGAGAGGUGAAUUCAUCUUGAGCAUUGGAACACAUUUGGAAGCUAACCAGGCGAAAUUUGAGGAUGGAUGCUUUCAAGGUUUACCCAGACUCUUCGCCAUUGAUCUGACGAACAACUCGCUUACCAAUUUCAGCCCUGGGACGUUCAAAGAUCUUGGAGUUUCUUUUCAGAGAUUAAUAUUGAAAUGGAACCUAUUAACAUCGCUAGACGAGACAUUGUUCUAUGGGAUAGAACACGAAUUGCUUCGAGUGAAUCUUGGUAAUAACCUUAUAGAAUACAUUGCACCGGGAACCUUUCAGAAUCUCUCCAAACUUACAGACUUGGUCAUCACAUCACUAAGCCCCAAAUCUAUCCCUCUAUAUACUGGCAUAUUUGAUGGACUGGACAGUUUAUCAGCUUUGUAUGUCUACGACUCCCGCUUCUGCUGUUUAACCCCAGACACUGUGAACUGCAUUGAAGAGCUCCCUCCUCACCCCCUAUUCACUUGCCGCAAGACAUUCCUUCAGAACCACGCCAUCAAGGUCUUCAUAUGGAUCCUAGGAAUAAGUGCUUUAGUGGGGAAUUUCUUUGUCUUGGUGUUGAGGUUAAGAAGCACACCUACCACCAGGGUAGCCAGGAUACAGUCAAUGAUCAUCACCAACCUGGCCUUGUCAGAUCUUCUGAUGGGUGUUUAUAUGGUGCUCCUUGCCGUGAUGGAUAUCUACAUUGGGGAGUCUUACUUCUGGGCGGGGCGAGCUGAGGAGUGGAGGGCAAGCAUCACUUGUCAAAUCGCUGGAUUCAUCUCUGUUCUAAGCAGCGAGACAUCUGUAUUCUUGCUCAUCCUUCUCACGAUCGACCGCUUCAUCUGCGUUGUGUUCCCAUUCAGCAAAAGGCAUCUGGGCAUUGCAUCUACUCGCAUAGCAAUUGCGAUCAUCUGGGUUACAUCUAUAUUCCUCAGCGUGAUAGGUGUAUUGCUGCAUAACAUCAGUCCAGAUGCAUACGGCCUCAGUGAUGUCUGCGUUGGUCUCCCGUUCAUCCGGAAGUCAACAAACCUCCAAGCAGAAGCGGACACCCGGACCACCAACCAGUUUGGCAUACCCUACUUCACCACGAUUGCCGGCUCUACUGAAUCAACCUGGACAUACUCUAUCAUUUUAUUCCUGGGGAUCAAUCUAUGCAGCUUCAUCAUCAUUCUUCUCUUGUACAUUGGCAUCUUCAUCAAGGUCCGUUUCGUCCGAGCUGAAGUUGGUCGCACCAACCAAUCAUCCAAUGAGGUCAAGAUGGCACUGAAGAUGCUCCUGAUAGUCGGCACCGACUUCUGUUGUUGGAUGCCGAUCAUCAUCAUUGGUAUUCUAGUCCAGACAGUAGGGGUCCAAGUUACACCGGACAUCUACGCCUGGCUGGUCGUCUUUGUCCUACCCAUCAACUCAUCCCUCAAUCCUUAUCUCUACACUAUCAUAAAUCUAGUUUCUAAGUAAUUCUCCCAGCUCUGCUACAUGGUGUGCUUGCUACUUAACAUGGAUUUUUUUUUCAAACAAAAGCUCAUUUGGAUUAAGCAACAAUGAAAAUAUAAUGAUAUGAAUAAUACAAGAAAUAAAAAUAGUAUUUAUUAAAUAAUAAAAUCAUAAUAAUAGCAGUAAAGCUAAAAAUAGUGCAAUGAUUUCAAUAAUAAUUCAAUCAUAAUGG